UACAACCCGCUGUUAGCUUGGCUUCGUAUUGUCUAUAGAAAACACUAGACGGUCCCAAUCGUCAAGAUACGAAACCCUAAAAAUUCGCCUCUUCCUCAAGCCUGCAGCAGCUCUUCUCAAGCGGCGUUUCUUCUGUAGUCCGGGGUGAGUAAUGAGGAAGCUAAAGUUCCAUGAGAAGAAGCUGUUGAAGAAGGUGAACUUCCUGGAAUGGAAAAGAGAAGGGGGUCAUAGGGAAGCCCGGGUUAUGCAACGCUAUCAUGUGACAGGCCGUGACGAUUACAAAAAAUAUUCGAGUAUUUGUCGGAUGGUGCAGAAGUUGGUGAACAUACUGAAGCAGUUGGACCCAAGAGACCCUUUUCGGGUUGAGAUCACUGAUUUGCUUCUACAGAAGCUCUUCGACAUGGGCGUGAUACCAACCAGGAAAAGUUUGGCGUUGUGUGAUCGCCUCUCAGUUUCGUCCUUUUGCAGACGUAGGCUUUCAACUGUUUUGGUGAAGAAGCAAUUUGCCGAGCACUUGAAAGAAGCUAUCACAUACAUUGAGCAAGGACAUGUUCGAGUUGGUCCUGAUACAGUUACUGAUCCUGCUUUUCUUGUGACAAGAAAUAUGGAAGACUUUGUUACUUGGGUAGAUACAUCUAAGAUAAGGAUGAAGGUGUUGGAGUACAAUGACAAGCUGGACGAUUAUGAUGUAAUGAAAUGAGUGCUUAUGUUCUGUGAACUAUGGUUAUUGGCUAAUGGUGGUUUUAGCGGAAACAAAAGUGAUUAUCCCUCCUCUUGCAAGUGAUUCCUUAGCCUAUAACUCUGUUGGCACUGAUCCAUGAAGUCUUGAAAUAGUGGAAACUAUCAAUACUUUCUGUCUCAUUUAUCUGUGUAAGCAACUUUUGAUAUAUAGUAAAGAUGGUUGAGAGGAAUUUCUUGUGCCAGCACUUCCUUUCAAGCCCAGUAAACAUGGUAGUUUUUCCCAUAUUUUCUGUACAUUUGAGCAAGACUUUUGUAUUUAUGAUUUACAUUUCUAGUA